AAAUUCCAAAACUAACAAGAACAAGAAGAAGAAGAAAUGCAAUCGCUGGAUGUUUAUAGAACCUUCUGGAACAAUCAACUACCGUUUCAUCCAUCAUCAUCAUUAACAACAAUCCGGCAUCCAUAUACACGUGUUUACUGCAAAAGCAUAAACCGCCGGAACGCGAAAUUCACGGCGGCGAAGGCGAAAGGGAAGGAUAACGUGUGGAGUAUCGAUAAUGAUGCUGUGAAUGGAAACAGAGGCGGAGAUAGAGUGAAAAAAGGCGAUAGACGGCGGACGAAAGUUCGAAAUUCGACUGCGAAAAGACGGAGAGGGAAAGUUAGUGGGAGUGAUGAUGGAGUAGUUUUGGUUUCUGGUCCUAUGUUGAUUGAAACUGAAAAUGUGUUGCAAACUCAGGAGCCUGUAAUUAUGCCGGUAUGGAACACGUUUUCAAGUAGUGUUAGUGGCAUAUGGAAGGGAGCGGGAGCAGUGUUCUCACCUAUCACUGCUCAGAUGGAACCCAUUGAGGUUGGAAGAAACAACGAGCAUCAAUUUGACUGCUACACUCUUUCCCGUAUUGAGGCAGUACCAUCAACAAAUAGAGGGGAAGCAUCUCACAUUCAGAGGACAGUGAAUUGGGUGACCUUGAAUCCUUAUGGUGAAAAUAAGGAGUUGCAGAACAAAAAUAAAGAGGAUGAAUCUUUAUCCACCAUAGAAACACUUGAUGGAAGGAGGAAAAACCAUGUACUGCCAAAGUUUGAGUCUUUUGACUUUGAAAAGAGUGAUGUGAUGGAAGAAGAUCUUAUGGGUAUGGAGCCUGGUCUUGUCUUUUUUGAGGAUGGCUCUUACUCAAGGGGUCCAGUUGACAUACCUGUUGGAGAAGUUAAUGAUUCCAAUUACUUCUUAUCCCCAACGUUCAAGUUUGAGCAAUGUUUGGUUAAAGGUUGCCACAAGAGAUUGCGCAUUGUUCAUACCAUAGAGUUCAGUGAUGGGGGUUCAGAUAUCCAGAUCAUGAGGGUCGCUGUUUAUGAAGAGCAAUGGGUCAGUACUGCUAGUCUCCCUGACAAGAGUGACGUGGACUUCGAUGUGAAGCCGUUUUCUCAGAGAAGAAGAGUCCGGCCAUCAGAAUUGGCCGGAUCAUGGAAGGUGUUUGAGACGAGCGCCACACCAAUCUACGGCGAGGAGACAGUUAGAGAGGAAAACAAUGAUCCUCCAUAUGUAUAUCUUUGCACAGAGACAUUGAAGAAAAGAAGUUUGCCUGAGAGUGCAGUCUACUUUGGGGAGGAAGAGGUGCUAGACAUGGUAGAUAUCACAAUACUUUGGUUGCCUGGUGGUGUGACAGCUUAUGUUGAUGUUGGUAAGGACGGGGUCUUGUGUAUCGGUGUCGGGUGGUAUUCUGAUGAAGGAAUCAAUCUUGUUAUGGAACGGGAUUAUGGAACUGAUGGGAAGCUUAAGGAGGUUCGAUCCAAAACUGAAGUCAAGAGAAGGUGGUCUGAUCCACCUGCAUUCUAAGGUCUAUUAUGUACAAAUGAAAAUAAGUUUGCGGGAAGAUGCAAAGUUCUACUAAAAAAAGCGGGUGAAAGUUAAAUGUUCUGUUAAUUUAACAUGCAAUUUUUAUGUAAAGUUUUUAGUUAGCAAUUUUGACUCAUUUACUUGUUAA